AUGGCCUGGUCGCUGUUCCAGGGCCGUUCCCUGCUGCGCUCCCGCCCCGAUUCCCGGCUGGACACGGAGCGGGAGCUGCGCGCGGCGCUGGACAAUCGGCUCCUGCUGCUGCUGUUCGGGGCGCGCCGCUGCCCGCGCUGCCGCGAGUUCGAGCCCCGCCUGCGCCGCUUCUGGAGCCGCCUCACCGACCCCGCGCACCAGGAGCGGCCCCAGCAGCUGGGGCUGAUCUACCUGGGCCAGGACAGGUGCGAGCAGGAGCACCUGCGCUACCUGAGGGACAUGCCGCGCACCUGGCUGGCGCUGCCCUACGGGGAUCGGCUCGGCAGGGAGCUGCAGGAUCGUUUCGGGGUCUCGGAGCUGCCGUCCGUGGUGGUGCUGGCUCCGAGCGGCGCCGUCCUGGUGCCCAACGCCGUGCGGGAAAUUCGGGAUUUGGGAAUUUCCUGCUUCCAGAACUGGAGGGAAGCGGCCGAGCUGCUGGACAGGAACUUCCAGGAGCGCGAGGAUUUCCAGAGUUUUCCACGGCGCAGCCUGACCGAGCCCCUGCGGCGCCUCAAGUACCGGCUGAGGGAGGACGAGGAGGAGGAGGAGGAAGAGGAAGAGCAGAAGGAGUAG